AUGGCGACUUUCACCCCUCUCCAGGAGACUGUUUUGUUUAAACCCCUCCGUCUGGGGUCUCUCAAUCUCGAACACCGCGUCGUCCUGGCCCCGUUGACUCGGAUGCGCGGGACGAAGGAGUCCGACGGCGUGUUUGUUCCCAAUGACCUCUCGGUGGAAUACUACAGCCAGCGUGCUUCCAAGGGUGGUUUCAUGUUGACUGAAGCUACUCCAAUUAGCAGAUACUGCGCAGGAUAUCCCGGCGUCCCUGGCAUAUUCACCGCUUCUCAGAUUGCGGGAUGGAAGCGUGUCACCGAUGCUGUCCAUGCUAAGGGGGCUUAUAUAUUUUGUCAGCUCUGGCAUGUGGGACGAGCCUCAUGCCCAUCGUUUCUCGAUGGCCGCAAGGCGUUGGCCCCGACAGACAUUCCCAUCACGGGAAAGGCCAUGGAUGGUACCGAGUAUGCGGACAACCCACCCAAGGCUAUGACCGUCGAGGAAAUCAAGGAGACGGUGGCCGAAUUUGCUGCGGCUGCGAAGAGGGCCAUUGAAGCAGGCUUUGAUGGUGUCGAGAUUCAUGGCGCCAACGGUUACCUUUUGGAUCAGUUCCUCCAUGACAACGUCAACACUCGUACAGACGAGUACGGAGGCAGCGUUGAGAACCGCUGCCGCUUCCCUCUGGAAGUCAUCAAGGCUGUCACGGAGGCAGUGGGUGCACAGCGCACCGGUAUCCGACUGUCUCCUUACAACUAUUUCCAGGACACCCGCGACUCCGACCCCAACGGACAUUGGAUCUACCUGUGUGAACAGAUCGCUUCUCUAUCAGAUGAGAAUCGUCUCUGCUACGUACACAUGGUCGAGCCCCGUUUCGAUGAGGUUCUGGAUGAAAGUGCCAAGCUCGAUGCUCUUUCUGCCUACACUGGAAAAGGCGUCGAGGCAGAGGCUACCGCACCUAAGAAGAUUGUUGGAAACACCCUCGAUCACUUCCGCAACGUGUUGAAGAAGACUGACGUCAAGUUUCUGGCCGCCGGUAACUUCAACCGUGAUAACGCGGUGCCCAAACUGGAGAGCGGUGCUGCCGAUGCCAUCGUAUUUGGUCGUUCGUUUAUUGCGAACCCAGACCUUCCACGGCGUUUGAAGGAGGGUCUCCCUCUCAACUCCUAUGACAGGUCAACCUUCUAUGGUGCUGACCCUCCACAGAAGGGAUACACUGACUACACAUUCUAUGAGGACAAAAAGGUUAACGGGACUGCGUGA